AUGUGGCCGCGACGACAAGCGCGGAGUGACAGCUCUACAGCUGUUCACGUCUCGACGUCUGGCGCUCGCAUCUCGUCAGCUCCUGCAGCAGCAUCUUCAGCGUCGGUAUCUGUACCCUCAGCUGUUUUCGCGUCGCGUAGAAAUGACGCGAAGGCUGCAAACACUCGUGUCAAAUGCCGUCACGAGGUCAAAAGCGGUGAAGAUGACGCUGGGUGGUUAAUGCGCGCGCUGGACGCGAAGAAACAGCAUGUGGGUUCUGCUUCUAUGAAGAAAAAGCGAGUCAAGCGCUUGGAUCAUGAGGAAGCGGUACAAAAGACGCAGCACGCUUCGAGAAAUGGUAAAAAACGAAAGGCGCUGGACUUCGCCAUGUCUGUGCAGGAACGACAGCAAUUGUGGCGUUCUGGAGCAGCUAAGACGUCUCAUAAUGAGGGAGCAGAUCAAAGCAGGCAACAGGAACGGGAACAGCAGGAGGUGGGCUUCGAUCGUGUCUUUCAAGAGGUUUUUGGCGGCAGUCGAAAUGCGAUCGAAACAGAAGACAAGAGAGAUUUUGACACGUCGCUUGGUAGUAGCAACAAAAGACCUACCAUGCCGUCACUAGGACCAUCCUCGGUGGUCUCAGAGGAUGAUGAAGACAACGAGCUGAUAGUGGAACGGCAAACCAAAGUGAGUGGAGAAAGAAGAGGUGUAGAACUAGAGGAAGACGAAGGAAAGGAGACGUGGAGCUUUACUUCGGGUGCAAGCAGCGCUUUGAGUCUUGACGUUUUUGACGCUCCGUCUAGAUGUAGUGAAGAGACUGCUGGUGCUCUUGCUGCAGCUUCGAAGACAGCAGAGUUCGAGCGCUGGAAAGUGGACAACACACGAAGUGCUGUUAGCGACAACUUUGUGCGACUCAAUAUGCGGAAGCGGCCCAAGGGAAGCUCUGGGCGUGCCAAGAAGCGUCCAGCGUAUUUACGAGCGCGGAGUGAGAACCCGUUGGAUGGAACAAUUGGUGACAACUUCCACACCGGCAUGGCUCCACUUGUUGAUGCGAAAGGCAGUCAGCAUAGCAAACAAGAGAAGCUACUGCUGGCUGAUGAUGGAGUGGACUUCAUCGGUGAAUGCUUAGAAGCUUUAGCUAAGGCCGAAGAAGCUCGUGGCGUAACGACUGAAGAGGUGGGGAAAAGCACUGCAGCAGAGCAGGAAAAAGAAGCUUGGGAUCCGCCGAGAUGCCACCACGCACUUCUCUGCCAAAGCCUGGAGGUCAAGAAAAAGAACAAGAAUUGCGGUCGACGAUUCUUUGCGUGCUCGUUGGGUUUCGACGAAGGUCGUUGCGAUUUCUUUCUUUGGGAAGAUGACCAUGUUCCGCUUGCAAUGCAGACGCUUUUCACUGCUUCGUCUUCGACUAAUGCCGGUGAAUCCGCGGCCAACGCAGCUCCCAUUGAGUGUGUGCCUGUGGAUAUUGAAGCUGCUGCGGAAGAGCAGCGCGAAGCAAUGCUUACUAACUUGCGCCUGGUGUUCGGGCAUGCUGAUUUUCGUCCUGGACAGCAGUGGGCUAUCUCGAGAGUGCUGCAUCAACAGGACACGCUGUUAGUGUUACCCACCGGCGCAGGAAAAUCGCUCUGUUAUCAGUUUCCCGCUCUGUUCCUACCUGGUAUCACACUUGUCAUUUCACCGCUCAUUUCGCUGAUGAAUGACCAGUACGAGAGUCUUCCAGCCGCGCUAAAAGCUCGUGCUGUGUGUCUUUCUGGAUCGCCUGGUGUCGCUGCCGGGUUGUCAAAAGCAAAACAUGCAGCUUUUGUACGAGAUCUGUUUGCGGAUAAGCUUUCUUUGAUUUUCCUGUCGCCGGAAAAGGCAUUGAGUGCGGGUAUGCAGGCGCUGUUUGCGGUGCCGCGCGUACGGGCUCGCCUGGCGCUAGUGUGUGUGGACGAAGCGCACUGUAUUUCUGAAUGGUCCCAUCACUUCCGUCCCAGCUAUCUGCGACUGGCAGAGAUCUUUCGACAUGCCCGGUGCGUUCUAUGCGUCACCGCCACAGCUUCACGACGCGUUGUGCGUGACGUAUUGCUCCAGUUGCGAUCGCGGCGUCAGCACCAAGUUGUGACCAACGAAGAUAAUGAGAAUGAAAGUGACAUGGUGCUGCAAAUGCCGUGGCAUCGGAAGAAUUUGGCGCUGGAGGUCCGUUCUGUGCGCUCUAAUGAUGAGCGACUUCAGCACCUCGUCCACAGCCUUCCGGGACUAAGCAAAGGAACGACUCCAGCAUCGAAAGGAAGCGGUGGAGGUGUUAUCGUGUACGUUCAUCAGCAGAGGCAGACGGAGGAAUUGGCUGCGCUGCUCCGUGAGCAGCUGCCACCCGCAUGGCGUAGCCCCGGAAAAGUACUGGCAUUUCACGCUGGCAUGUCUCCCGAAGCAAAGGAAAAAGUUCGUACUGGUUUUGCACGAGGCAGAGUGCGUGUAGUGGUGGCCACUGUGGCCUUCGGCAUGGGUAUCGACAAGAAGAAUGUGCGUGCAGUUGUGCAUUUCCACAUGCCAUCGUCGGUGGAAGGCUACGUACAGCAGAUCGGUCGAGCUGGUCGGGACGGAAAGCAUGCGCGAGCACUUCUCUAUUUGCUCAAUGAAGAUGCCGUAUACUUCCGCUCCUUGCUUUUCUCAACGGCAUUGCACCGCGAACAACUUCGGAGGCUUCUCACACUCGUCUUCCAGGACCACACGACUGGAACGACCUCAAGUAAACACCAUGUCGUCGCUGUGAGAUACUGCGGCCAUCGAGAUGGCGGUGGAGUGACGCUUGUAUCUUUAGAUCGCGAUUGGCUGGAACCUUACCUUGACCUCAAGGCGGCGACAAUCGAGACGUUUCUCACGCUGCUGGCACUCGAAUCGCAGCGUGGCAAAGAAAGAGACGAGGACGGCAGGUCAGGAUUGCAUGUGGCGCUAAACCCUUCGAGCAUGAGUCGGUGUACGCUGCAGCUGCUUGAUACGCAAGUGAAGAAAUUGUCGCCUUGCUCAUUUGCAAAGCUGAUAUUUGAAGCUGUGCGGCGCAAUGAGCUACCGAAUGCUCGUGUGACAUAUCACAAGGACGGAUACUUGAGCUCGUGGGCUGUGGACUUUCAUUUGCAUGAAGCAGCUCAAUGGUACCAACGUAGAAGCAAAGCUCCUUCUACUACAUUGGCAAGCUCAGACACCGAGCAGGAUGGAGAGACUGUCGCUAUCGCUCUUGAUGCUGCAACGAAUGAGCGUCGAAUGCUUCAAGAAUUGCGAGCAGCUAAGCAGGCGGGUCAAAUUCAGCACCUGUCACAUGCUCAACCUGCAUUCCAGGUGCAGUUAAGCUGGCGCGUUGACCUAAGUGAAAGGACGAAAGCUGAGGUCGUUGAUCGAUACACCACGAUGUUGUACGCCAAGCACGAGUACCUCGAGUCUCGCCAACUUUCUCGCCUUGCUUAUCUGUAUGGUGCACUGCAUGCAGCUGCGCUGCCAACACCAUCUCCGAUCGAGUUACGGCGUUAUGCUGGUGAUCACAAUUUGGCAGAUCGUGAACACAAAGCACGUACUCUUGAGGCCAAGUUCGUGAGCUACUUCGACGACAACAAUGAGCGUGACGCUAGUGGCACAGGCGAGAUUGACGAGAAUGAGCAUCUCAUGCAGACGAUCCUACGACCGCUGACGCCAUCACUGAUCGAGUCGAUCGAGCGCGACACCAUUUCGCUUCUACAGCUUCGCGUUGGUGGCGGAACUGUAGUGGAAGGCAGCGAAGUCGAGGAGGACAAGGAGAGUGACGGGGGGACCAGGUGGACGAGUUGUAUGGUGGCCAAGGUGUUUCACGGUCUAUCGACUCCUCAGCUUCCGUCGCGGCAAUGGCGUGACCACAUUUGCUGGCGUCGUUACUCGGAUGUGGCAUUUGAGCGCAUUGUCCAAAUUGCGCACAAAGUGUUGUCGGAGAACGGCAUAAAGUCGAGCUCGCAGAAGUGA